AUGUCGAUUUUUGUCAACAAACCAGUGAUUGUUAGGGAAGUAUUUGCUGACAAUUUAGAAUACGAGUUUAUGUUAAUUCAAAGUGCACUCAACAAUUAUCCUUUUGUUUCUAUGGAUACCGAAUUUCCUGGUACAAUUUUUAAACCAGACAAAAAAUUCGUUCAAUUAGGAAAUCCCGAAGUCAAUUAUAGGUUCAUGAAAGUUAAUGUCGAUGCUAUGAAGAUCAUUCAACUUGGUUUAACGCUCUCUGAUUCUGAAGGUAAUUUGCCAGAUUUCGGAACUCCUUUUUGUUAUAUAUGGGAGUUUAAUUUUAAAGAUUUUGAUAUUGGCAAAGAUCAUUAUGAUAAAGAGUCUAUUAAAUUACUUAGACAACAAGGUAUAAAUUUUACGAAGAAUAAGGAAAAAGGCAUUUGUUCAAGAGAUUUCGGCAUGAUGUUUCUGACUUCUGGGCUGGGUUUCAGUGAAUUGACUUGGGUAACUUUUCACAGCGGUUAUGAUUUCGGGUUUUUGUUGAAGAUUUUGACUCAACAUCCAUUACCGCCUGAUCUCAAGUCUUUCAUGCGGCAUUUGACUUAUUACUUCGGUUGUAGAAUUUUUGACAUCAAGUAUGGUUUUAAGAUCUUUAAUCUACACGGUGGACUAGAAAAAGUGGCAAAAACUUUAAACGUGGCUCGUGUUACUGGAUUAAGCCAUCAAGCAGGAUCUGAUAGUCUUCUCAUCCUCCGUUGUUUUAUACAGAUUAAGGAUACGAAAGCUUUUAAGCAAUGUAACCAAAAGUUGCCAGCCUUAGCAUUGUACGGACUGAUUUGA